CUGGCGUCCCUGCUCAAUGCAAAUGCCAACACGGUUUAUUUUGUUUGGUCGCUUAGCAGUUCCCUUCCAGUUAAUUCGAAUACAAACGGUGUGGUAAAACGUCUCAGGAUAAACCGGCAAUAUUUCAACACUGUUCAUAAAUUUUCGUGUUUCCGAAAAUGGUUCUCAAUUUGGGUGAUCAGUUUCCUAAUUUCAUCGCUGACACAACGGACGGAAAGAUCGAUUUCCACGAAUGGGCCGGAGAUUCGUGGGCUAUUUUAUUCUCCCACCCGGCUGAUUUCACACCGGUAUGCACUACGGAACUAUCUGCAGUCGCUCGACUAAUUCCGGAAUUCACGAAGCGGAACGUGAAGCCAAUCGCUCUGUCAUGCGACUCGGUUGACUCGCAUAAUGGGUGGAUCGACGACAUCAAGGCAUACGGAAAGUUAUCGGAGUUUGGUUAUCCCAUUAUAGACGAUGCCAAACGGGAGUUGGCGGUAAAAUUGAAUAUGCUUGACAAGGACGAAAUUGGCGCUGGAGGGCUACCAUUGACAUGCCGAGCUGUUUUCGUUAUUGAUCCCAACCGGAAGCUUCGUCUGUCGAUUCUCUAUCCAGCCACAACGGGUCGUAAUUUUGCCGAAAUUCUUCGGACCAUAGAUGCUAUGCAGCUGACCGAUAAGAAGAGAGUAGCCACCCCGGCAGACUGGGUACAGGGACAGGAAUGCAUGGUGCAGCCGAGCGUUAAAGAAGAAGAGCUGGCGGAGCUGUUUCCAGACGGGGUGACCAAUGUUGAUUUACCUUCCGGCAAGAAGUAUUUGCGCAAAACUGCUCCUUGAACAGCAUGGCUGUAUUGAAUCUUGAUCUGAAUAUGUGAUUUUUUUUGUACUUCAAUAAAUCGUACUUAUGAAUUUGAA